AUUAUUGAGUGGUCCCUGGUUCGUCUAUUAAGUGAAACAGAAACAUAAACAGAAACGGACCAAGAAAAAAAAACAAAAAAAAAAAAAACAAAAACCAGUUCUCUCUUGUUCAAGCCAUGGCUUUAAUGGCUUCUAGUCCUUACAAUAAUCAGAUAUUUCUCCUUCCCUUGUUCCUUCUUCUCUUACCAAUCUAUGCUUUUGCUCAAAACAACAUAACAGUUGGAACCUCUCUCACAGCAACACAAAACUCCUCUCCAUGGCUAUCACCAUCCGGCGAUUUCGCAUUGGGUUUUCAACAACUACCAAACCAAAAAGACCUCUUCUUGCUCUGCAUAUGGUACGACAAGAUUGCCGACAAGACCAUCGUUUGGUACGCGAAUGAUGGUGAUACACCAUCGACGGCUCCGACGGGAUCAAAAGCAAGCCUGACUUCCGACGGCGGGCUGGUGCUGACUGAUCGUCAGGGCAAAGAGCUGUGGAAACCCAAUAACAUUGUUGGAGAUGUUGACAAAGGCGUCAUGAGCGACGAGGGUAAUUUUAUGCUCCAAGACACAAGCUCAGAAACGUUGUGGGAAACUUUUAAGGAUCCGACAGAUACCAUUUUGCCUUCUCAGGUACUUGAGAAGGGAACGAUAUUGUCUUCUCGUCGGUCUGAGACUAAUUUCACCAGAGGGAGAUUCCAGUUUCGCUUACAACAAGAUGGGAAUCUCGUACUCAACACCAUAAACUUGCCUACCGAUUUCGCUAAUAGUCCAUAUUAUAAGAGCGGGACGGACGAGGGGACUAAUUCAUCAACUGCAGGUUCUCAAUUGGUGUUCAAUGAGUCUGGUUCUAUCUACGUUUUGAGGAAGAAUGGCGAAAGAUUAAGUCUAGUAAAUGGUGAUAUUUUCUCGGCAAGGGACAAUUACAUCAGAGCUACUUUAAAUUUUGAUGGAACUUUUGCUCAAUAUUAUCACCCAAAGAAUACAAGUGGGAGUUGGACUUAUAUUUGGUCCAUACCAGAUGAUAUUUGCCAAGAUGUCCGUGUUGAAUCCGGUGCUGGGGUUUGUGGUUACAACAGUAUUUGCACUAUCAAAGAGGAGCAGAAAAGGCCAAAGUGCGACUGCCCGCGAAACUACUCUUUGGUCGAUCCGAACGACGAUUAUGGAGACUGCAAACCGGAUUUCAUACAGGGCUGCGAAGAAGAUGAGCUUUUUAGAUCGAAAGUGCAUGAUUUUAGUGAUCUGUAUGGUGUUGUGGAGGUGAUCAACACGGACUGGCCCACCUCGGAUUACGUCCAGUUGAAACCUUUUAACGGAGAUUCGUGCAAAGAAUCUUGCUUGAGUGACUGUUUGUGUGCUGUUGCUAUUUUCAGAGAUGGGACUUGUUGGAAGAAGAAGUUGCCUCUCUCAAAUGGCAGAGUGGACAAUAGUCUUGACUCCCGGGGAUUUAUCAAAGUCCGAAAGGCGGAGUAUUCCAUUUCGCCUAAUGGGUCCAAUGGCCUUGUUCAGGAAGUAAAGGAGAAAGAUCAGGACACUUUGAUCCUGGUAGGAUCAGUGCUUUUGGGUACCUCUGUCUUUGUUAAUUUCUUAUUGGGUGCUGCUAUUUGUGUUGGAUUUUUCUUCAUUUACCGAAAGAAAGGCAAAACCGUGCUUGCAGACCAAAAUGUCGCCGACAUGAAUUUGCGUUCCUUCACUUACAAAGAGCUUGAGGCUGCCACAGAUGGGUUCAAAGAAGAAUUGGGAAGUGGAGCUUUUGGAACCGUCUACAAAGGGAAAAUACAAACCGGUUCUAGCGUUGUCGUGGCGGUGGCGGUGAAGAGGUUGAAUUUCGUGGUGCAAGAGACUGAGAAGGAAUUCAGAAAUGAGGUGAAGGUAAUAGCUCAGACACAUCACAAGAAUCUGGUCCGCCUUCUUGGAUACUGCGAUGAUGGGAAAAACCGUCUACUUGUAUAUGAGUACUUGAGCAACGGAACUCUGGCAAGCUUUGUAUUCACGGACAUAAAGCCCAGUUGGAGAGGACGAACUGAAAUUGCGUUAGGAAUUGCAAAAGGUCUCUUGUAUUUGCAUGAAGAAUGCAGCAGUCAGAUUAUCCAUUGCGACAUAAAGCCUCAGAACAUACUUCUUGACGAUUAUUACAACGCCAAGAUAUCGGAUUUCGGGUUGGCAAAGCUGUUGAUGAUGAACCAGAGCCAAACACACACAGCAAUAAGAGGAACAAAAGGGUAUGUUGCACCGGAAUGGUUUAGGAACAUGCCCAUCACAGCCAAAGUGGAUGUCUACAGCUUCGGAGUUGUACUUUUGGAGAUCAUUUGCUGUCGUAGAAGUGUUGAUUCGGAGAGUAAUGAUGAAGGUAAAGAAAUUUUGACGGAUUGGGCUUAUGAUUGUUUCGUAGAAGGAGCCUUAAAUGUUCUGGUGAAUUGGGAAGCUGAGGCCUUGGAUGACAUAAAGAAGCUAGAGACUUAUCUGAAGGUGUCAAUGUGGUGCAUUCAAGAAAACCCUGCUCUUAGACCCACAAUGAGGAAAGUUGUGCAAAUGCUUGAAGGAGUUGUUGAAGUCCAUGCUCCACCAUGCCCAUACCCUGCAUAUUCUGUAACUAAUUGAUCAAACCAACUAAAAUUUUCUUGGAUGUUGAUGGAUCAAUAUCAUGGACUUGUACUCUUCUUUUCUGCCAGUAGCCAAUAUACUACUUAAAAUUAUAUUAGUGAAACUUAAUUUACAUAUAUUAGAUAUUAUCAUGCUCACUAGUAAUGAGUA